AUACACAAAUCAAUAAUAACUCCAUUUAUCUUCAAAAGUCUUUCCUGAUCUUUACUCUAUCUCUCUUUUACCCAUUCUCUUGAUACUAUUCAAAUACUCAUCAUGAUUCCUACAAGAUGCCAUGAGCUCAGCGGCUCUCGUCCUCCGUCGCUUAAAAUCGCCGGAGAAUCCCAUUCCAUCAAGAAAACGACGUCAUGCAACGUCGUGAAACAGUCACGGCGACAUGGACGGGCAGCUCCAGUAAUCAUCUACGCGCACUCUCCAAAGGUGAUCCACACGCGUGCUGAAAACUUUAUGGCCUUGGUUCAGCGGCUCACAGGUCUCGAGGAGAUUAGAAGGCGGAACCCUAAUGACGUCAACGAAUCAUCGUUGUCUGUGUUAACCACGGAAGAGGUCAGUGUCGGUACUGAUGACACAAGUUGGGAGAGACAUCAACAACGUAAAAACCUAGCUGAUGUUCCAUUGUAUACGCCAAGCUCAAUGGCCUUGUUUGGUUCUCCAAUUCAACGUCUUUACCUGUCACCGAACCGGAACGAUCCAGUUUAAACCCUCUGUUUAAGUUCAUAAAAUGUUAUAAUAUGGUUUCCUUUCUUAUAAAUAAAUUAUGCUUUUAAU